AUGACGCAAUUAAUGCAGGAUGGUCCAUUACCUGAAGAUGACGAAGCUCCGCAUGAAGAAUCAACAACGGCAGUCAAGAAGAGUGAAGAACCGCAAGGGGAAGUUGCCAUAGCUAGUGAUUCAGGGAGUGAUUUGAGAGAGGCAUCGAAAUCGAUGGUUGGAAAGGUAGAGAGAAUUCCAUUGAUGGUAAACAACAUUGACCUGGAGAUAAUUUUCACAGAUUACCGUGAUCAAUGCGAAGACAUCUUUGACGAUAUCAUGGAUAUGCGACCGACUUCACGCUUCACGAAUGAAAUUUCAGAAGAAUCUUGGAGCGAAUUUGUGUUAAGUACAUAUCCCGAACAUAAUCUACCUAAAGAUUGGGAAAGUUUUAUACAAGAAUUCUUCAAGCCAAAGGUUAGUCUAGAAGAAUGGAUAAGCGAUUGGCGUGAACUCCAUAACCAAAAAAUCAACGGAAACAAAAUUCACAAAGACUUGGCAGAUGCAAUCUACCAUAUACUUGCACCAUAUAUUGAAGCCUUUGAAGCGCCUUACAACAUAUUGAAGUCAGGAGACUUACGAGAAAAUCAAUAUAAUGCUCAGUUCGUUAGUCCUAUAUUAAAGAAUACACUAAAGGCCAUAUGUAACGUUGAUUGGAGAAUUCUUGAAGUGCCAGUAGAAAGUAGCAAAGAUCGUCGUAAUGCAAACAUCAAUCCAAUCAUUGAUAAAGUCUUAGAGGCGAAGUGUGCAGAUGGGCUUGCGCGUCUUUGGUUAAGUCGUGAAGAAGUAUUUCUAUACGAACAAACAGGACCCCCGGACUUCGAUGAUAUGACGCAACUUUACAUUCAUGAUUAUAAGCUGAUUAGAACAAUGAGAGAUGUGCUAAACCAAAGAAUAAUCCUUCACCUUAAAGACGGAAUAUAUGAUCACAAAAACCUUGCAAGUUUCGGUGCUUUCGGUCAUCGCACUGAAAUAUCUUUAUUUUGGCUAACAAUACAUCAGAAAUCAUAUUGUCUUCGCGAAUACGGAACUUUCAAGAUCCCUACAGCUUGGCAAGAUUUCCCUGUUUUUUCCGAAUCCUUCAUGAGAGAAAAUAUCGAAGUGAAAAGAUCAUAUGUUGAACAAAAGCAAAAGUUGCUGACCAAACGAAGGGUACAUACAAUAAAGCAGAACCAAUCAACACCAGAUCGACCCAAAAAGCAGAAGAAGUCGAAAUGA